GCAGUAGUGCCAACAUUGCGAUCAACUUCCUUUUGGCUAUUCCUUUUCUCUUCCAACGUGCAGAGUGACAAGUUAAGAUGACUGUUACAACGGCAAAAAAACCUGAGGCGAAAAAGCUCCCAGCUGUGCCAGAAUCAAAACUAAAAUUCAACAAAAAGAUUUUAAGCAAACGUGCUACGCUAGUGAAAAGAAAAUUGAAGCGUGCUGCUGUUGUGAAGCAGCGUCGUCACGAAAAUCUGUUGCGUGCCGAAAAAUACCAAACCGAAUACUUGCGUGCAGAACGUCGCGAAAUUAAGUUGCGUCGCUUGGCUAAAUCCAGAGGACAGUUCUACGUUCCUGGCGAAGCCAAAUUGGCCUUUGUUAUUCGUAUUCGCGGUAUCAACAAGGUAGCACCUAAAGUACGUAAGGUUUUGAAGCUUUUCCGUUUGUUGCAAAUCAACAAUGGAGUUUUCAUUAAAUUAAACAAAGCCACCAUCAACAUGCUGCGCAUUGCUGAACCAUACAUUACAUGGGGCUAUCCGAAUCUAAAAUCUGUGCGCGAGUUAGUCUACAAGCGCGGAUUCGUUAAACACCAACGCCAGCGUAUUCCAAUCACCGACAAUUUCGUUAUUGAACGCAAAAUGCGCAAGGUUCAUGACAUCCAAAGUGUUGAAGACUUGGUUCAUGAAAUUUACACAGUUGGUCCUAAAUUCAAGUACGCCUCCAAUUUCUUAUGGCCCUUCAAGUUGAACACACCAACUGGCGGCUGGCGCAAGAAGAAUAACCACUAUGUCGAAGGUGGUGACUUCGGCAACCGUGAGGACAAAAUCAACAAGUUACUUCGUAAUAUGGUCUAAGCACUAGGAGCGUCUAAAGUAUAUUAACUUCUAAAAGUUUGCUGCUUUUUGUACGGCCCUAGUCUAUUAAGAGAACAGUUUUUAUUACACAAUAAAAAGGAAAAUUAUAAUUUAACAAAAUUAAA